AUGGGUUGUACAGUCAGUCCUCACCUUCACCCAGGAGAGGGUGUGAUCCAGCUGAUCUCUGUAGCCCGCUCCUCUAGUCUGGGCAUCACCAUCGGCGGAGGCUCCAAUAGACCGGACGGCCCUGCGGUCUUCAUCCAAGAGGUUCUGUCUGGGGGAGACUGCCACAGGGAUGGGCGCCUGAGGCCAGGGGAUCAGCUCAUUGCCAUCAACAAGGAGUCCUUGAUAGGUGUGACCCACGAGGAGGCUAAGAGCAUGGUCAACAAGGUCAAAUUCAGUCAAGAGGCGGUGGUGGAGGUUGCUUUCAUCCCUGGUAAAGGUCCGUUCCCCAACAGCACGUCUUUACACAAUGGUGUCCAGCGUGGCGUUGGCAACGGGUACAGCUCCGGGCGCUUAAAAGUCCACGUCAGAUCACCAGAGAUCCGUACGGGGGAACCUGCCCCACUGCCUUCUCCCUCCCCUGACAUCUGCCCUCCAGAUAUACACAUUUCAGGCUCGGCCUCCACCCAGAGAACAGUGUUGUCUGCAGCCAAACCCAAGAUCACCCUGGACCCUCACAUACGCCUCAAGUCUGAUAAACUGGACCUG